GUACUAAUGUGAAAGCAGUCUUUCGGUAUUAAACCAGCGUCGACAGUCAUGGGGGUUCCAAUGUCCCUCAGGCUUCCAUCUGUGACCGGGCCGCACCCUGUGGGCUGCACUGACAUCAUGGUGGGACUUGGCAAGGAGGGCAGCUUUUUCCGCUUCUACUAUCCCAGUGCCUCUUCGUGUGACCAGCAGCACCCCCUGUGGGCACCAAGUACAGAGUACACGACGGGACUGGUCAGCUCUUUAGGCAUGGAGAGCAAAGCAGCACAGUAUGGGGCUUCAUUGAUACUCGGUCGCAGUCGAAUACCGGUCUCAUGGAAUGGGCCGAUUCUGCAUGGAACGGACAAGAGACCACUCAUAAUCUUUUCUCACGGGCUUGGAGCCUUCAGGGCAGUAUACUCUUCAUUGUGUAGUGAGUUGGCAUCGCAUGGCUUUCUGGUGGCUGCCGUGGAACACAAGGAUGGGUCAGCAUGUGCCACAUAUUAUUUUGAGGAUCUACCCCACACACAUUCCCAAGGGCACCCACAGAAGGUCUGGGUUCCAUUUAGAAAAGUGGAUCCCGGAAUGAAAGAGUUUUAUCUCCGAAACUACCAGCUACAUCAAAGAGCAACUGAGUGUGUUAAAGCUGUUCGGGUCCUUGAAAACAUCAAUGCAGGAAUGAUAGAAUCUAGCAUCACUGUGACAGACUUCCAACUGCACAAUCUGACGGGCAGGAUUGAUCUCAGUAGGGUAGCCAUCAUGGGUCAUUCUUUUGGAGGAGCAUCAGCUUUGCUUAGUUUGGUCAAAGAUGAUAUUUUUAGGUGUGCAAUCGGGCUAGAUGCCUGGAUGUUUCCUCUGGAAAAUGCUGCUUACCCAAACAUCCAAAAGCCAACAUUAUUCAUCAACAAUGAAAAUUUCCAGACAGCUUCCAGUAUUCAGAAAAUGAAGAAACUGAAUUUUGGACAGGAAGGGGCCAAAAUCGUCACAGUCCUGGGAUCCGUUCAUCAGAGUCCAACGGAUUUUGCCUUUAUGACAGGGUAUAUGGCAAAUAAAAUUCUUGGACCUCGUGGGACAAUUGAUCCGCAGAUCUGCCUGGAGGCCACAGUUGCAUCAGCACUGAGCUUCCUCUAUAAGCAUCUGGUACUGCCUGAAGAUUCCCCAAAGUUGCUUAAGUUAAGUGGAGCAAUUAGGGACCAUCUCAUUGAGGACGUUUCAUCAGCAGAUUCCAGCAAACUGUGAGAUAUUUCAAAAGAGACAUCAAAGCAUCCAUUUCAUAAAUACCAAGAUAAAUACUAAAAACCAUUAAUUGGCCUGGGACAGACAGGUGGUUUAUUGUCACACAGGGAGCCUUUUUGAUGCACUAAAUAAAAGCAAUAUACUGUUGAGAGACUGCAGUGUCAUGGAGGAAGCUGCCGGGUGUACUCACGCUGAAGUCAUUGUUGUGACAGUUACAAGCUCUUCAGAGGACACGCUGCCUGCAAUGUGUAGCUACCAAACAUAGAACAUCAUCAAUUCUGCAACACUGUUAUAUAAAGACUAAGCUGCAGUAAGUAGUUUCAAUUCCAUACAGACCAAGGAAAUUAUUGCAAUUAUUUUUUUCCCCAAGCUAUAAAAAUGCUUAGUACAAUAUAAUGGAAAAAAAUAAGUAAUGCCAAUAAAGAAGAGAUGCUAUAACAACUUGGUUUUACA